UUCCGUACAGCUGCAAACAACAUGGCGAGAGCCGGGGAGAAGAGCGUCGGUGGCGGGAAGCGAGGUUUGAAGAGGAAAGCCGCCGCCGAAGAGCCUCAAGAGGCUGCGGUCGCGGGCGAUGGGGCGGCGGAGAGCGGGGUGCAGCCCCCGAAAGCGGGUGCCUUCCCCCCGGGCUUCAGUAUCUCGGAGAUUAAGAACAAACAGCGGCGACACUUGAUGUUCACGCGGUGGAAGCAGCAGCAGCGGAAGGAAAAGUUGGCAGCUAAGAAAAAACUUAAAAAAGAGAGAGAGGCUCUUGGUGAUAAGGCUCCUCCAAAGCCUGUUCCCAAGACCAUUGACAAUCAACGAGUCCCUGAUGAAACCGCAGUAGACCCCAAUGAUGAAGAGGUCGCUUAUGAUGAAGCUACAGAUGAAUUUGCUCCCUACUUCAACAGACAGACAUCUCCAAAGAUUCUCAUCACGACAUCGGAUAGACCUCAUGGGAGGACAGUACGACUCUGUGAGCAGCUCUCAACAGUUAUACCAGAUUCACAUGUUUAUUACAGAAGAGGACUGGCUCUGAAAAAAAUUAUUCCACAGUGCAUUGCAAGAGAUUUCACAGACCUGAUAGUUAUUAAUGAAGAUAGGAAAACACCGAAUGGCCUUAUUUUGAGUCAUUUGCCAAAUGGCCCAACUGCUCACUUUAAAAUGAGUAGUGUUCGUCUUCGUAAAGAAAUUAAGAGACGAGGCAAAGAUCCCACAGAACAUGUUCCUGAGAUAAUUCUGAAUAACUUCACAACACGGCUUGGUCAUUCCAUUGGACGCAUGUUUGCGUCUCUCUUUCCUCAUAAUCCUCAAUUUAUUGGAAGGCAGGUUGCCACAUUCCACAAUCAGCGGGAUUACAUCUUCUUCAGGUUUCACAGAUAUAUAUUCAAGAGUGAAAAGAAAGUGGGAAUUCAGGAACUUGGACCACGUUUUACCUUAAAAUUACGAUCUCUUCAGAAGGGAACCUUUGAUUCUAAAUAUGGAGAAUAUGAAUGGGUCCAUAAGCCACGGGAAAUGGAUACAAGUAGAAGAAAAUUCCAUUUAUAAAGUAUUGAGAGAGUAGUAUUGAAUUUUGCUGGACAGGCUUGUCUUGAAAAACAUGGUAAAUUAUUUAACAAAGCACCCUUUUCAAAAUGGAGUUUAUUGAUUUUUGUAAAUCUUAUAUUUGAACAAAUGACCAAGUGCCAUGAAUUUCUACUGUGUUGUUGUAAAUAUAAAUAUAAUUUUGGUGAGGUACAAAGUCCUAAACCUUGCUGUCAUUUUGCAUUAAUUGUGAAUUUUGUUGGAAUGAAGAUUCAAACUUUCUAAUUUUCACUCCCAGAGAACUUGUAGGCUAGGAAAAGUGUAGCCCUGAUUUAAUACACCAGUCUCAAGAGGCCAGAUUGAUUACCAGGACUUGGCACAAAGUUACAGGUCACUGGAGUUAACCUUUCAAUUCCUGUUUUCUUGCUCAUUUUUACCUAAUUACCUUCUCCUGUCCUACUUCAUUCAUACUCAUUGUCUUGAGUUCUCAAGUCCUGCCCCAUUUCCCUCCGCUCGCCCAUACCACACACACAUAGUGUUUCUCUGUGUAGCUCUGGCUGUCCUGGAACUCCUUCUGUAGACCAGGAAGCCUCGAACUCAGAGAUCUGCCUGCCUCUGUCUCCCAAGUGCUGAGAUUAAAGGCAUGUUACACCAUCAUCCAGCUCAAGUUCUUGAUUCUUCAAGAGGACUCUUAUUUCCAAAGUGAAGCAACUACCUUCCUGGUAUAACUGCUACAUACACUACAAAGCAUUUUGUUUUGUUUGGAAUCUUUUGUUGUCUGUGUGAGCCCAGAGGACAAUGUCAAGCGCCUGUCUUCCCUUUCUGCCUAGUUUAUUAAACAGUCUUUCUUUAAA